AUGCCCGCACCAACCCCCUUCAAACCCGCGCUCUUAAUCGUGGACCUCCAAGAAGACUUCUGCCCACCAUCCGGGGCGCUUCCCGUCCCCUGCGGCCGCGACAUAAUCGCGCCGAUUAACACGCUCUUAACCCUCCCGUUCGCGCUCAAAAUCGCCACCAAAGACUGGCACCCCGCUUCGCACAUCUCCUUCGCCACGAACCACCCGUCGUCUCCCCCGCCGUUCGUGAGCACAACAACCAUCGUCCACCCGACCAACGCCGCACACAGCUACACCAGCACCCUGUGGCCCGUCCACUGCGUGCAGCAGUCCGCGGGUGCAGAGUUCGCGGCCGGCUUUGACGUUGACAAGGUCAACACCACCGUCUACAAGGGCAUGGACGAGCGCGUGGAAAUGUACUCGGCGUUUUGCGAUCCGUUUCAGUGGGUUGAGGGAUGUAAUGCCGUGGCGGUCAGUGAGCUCUCCGGGCUGCUGAAGGAGAAGGGCGUUACAGAUGUGUACGUGGCGGGACUGGCGAUGGAUUACUGUGUGCUGGCUACUGCGAGGGAUGCGGUCAAGUUUGGGUUUAGGACUUGGGUGGUUAGGGAGGGGACUAGGGCGGUGGGCGGUGAGGAGGGGGCGAGGACUGCGGAGAAGGAGAUGCGCGAGGCGGGGGUGACGGUCGUGGCGAUGGAUGGCGGAGAGGUGGCGUGGGUGAGGGAGUUGAAGGAGUGA